AAUAAACAUGUGAAAGAAGAAGAGGUCUAAGCUGGCGGCGGUGGAGAGCUCUGUUACCGUGAUAAACAUUUUCUGCGAAAUUCUUUCUGGUUGUUUUUGUCCUUUUGCGGUCGCUGUGUCUCAGUCUGACAGAAAUAUAAAGUAACAUGAGCAACAUAUACAUCCAGGAGCCACCAACAAAUGGCAAGGUUUUAAUUAAGACCACUGCUGGUGAUAUUGAUGUAGAACUGUGGUCCAAAGAAGCUCCCAAGGCCUGCAGGAACUUCAUCCAGCUAUGCAUGGAAGGUUACUACAAUGGUACAAUAUUCCACCGUGUGGUGCCGGAAUUCAUUGUUCAGGGGGGUGAUCCCACCGGCACUGGAGCUGGAGGAGAGUCCGUCUACGGCCGACCUUUCAAGGAUGAGUUUCACUCCAGAUUACGCUUCAACAGGAGAGGUUUGGUGGCCAUGGCAAACGCAGGACCACACGAUAAUGGAAGCCAGUUUUUCUUCACGCUGGGGCGGGCCGAUGAACUCAAUAACAAGCACACCAUUUUUGGAAAGGUCACAGGUGACACCGUGUAUAACAUGUUAAGGUUAGCAGAGGUGGAGUGUGACAGUAAUGAGCGGCCACUGAAUCCACACAAAAUCCGAUCUACAGAGGUCUUACAUUCAGCCUUUGAUGACAUUGUGCCUCGAGAAAUAAAAGUCAAAAAAGAGAAAUCCAAAGAGGAGGGGAAAAAGUCUCAGUCCAAGGCAACAAAAAAUUUCAGCUUGCUGUCAUUUGGUGAGGAGGCAGAAGAGGAGGAGGAGAUGGUCAAUCAAGUUAGCCAGACCUUGAAAGGAAAAAGCAAAAGUAGUCAUGACCUUUUAAAGGAUGAUCCCAAGUUAAGCUCAGUGCCAGUUGUUGACAGCUCUGCAAGCCAAGGUGCAGAAGGGGAUGUUUCAGAGGGAGAGGAACAAGAUGAUGAUGAUGAUGAUUUAGCGAAAGAGGAAAUGAGAGAACGCAUCUCAAAGAAACUGAAGAAAGAGAAGAUGGAGGAAGAGAUGUCUGAUGUUAGCGAGAUGAGAGAAAAGAAGAGCAGCCGCAGUGAUGAACUCCGAAAAGAGGCACGCCAGUUGAAGAAAGAGUUACUUGCAAUCAAGCAGCGGAAAGAAGAGAGCAUGAAAACCGAGGAGGUCGACAGUGCUGAUGAGAAAAAGCCGGCCAGUGAGGCUGUGGCCGAGUACUUGGAGAGCAAGAAGAAGUACGAGGAAAUGAGGAAGCAGAAGCUGAAGAAGGGCUUGAGCCGAGAGGCGCAGACACUUGCUCUUCUGGACCGCUUUAAGUCCAAGCUGUCAACAGCCAUCUCUCAGGCGCCUGAGGUCGCUGAAGAUGUGGAGGAACUGGGAGAGGAUGAUGACAAAGGAUGGAUGGCGCAUGUACUGCAGUUUGAUGAGCAAACCAGAAAGGUGAAGGAUGCCAACAUGCAGGACGAAGACACGUUUGAGAUCUAUGACCCACGCAACCCCGUCAACAAGCGCAGACGAGAGGAGAGUAAGAAGCUGCUGAAGGAGAAGAAGGCCAGGAGGUGAGGCUGAGGACCUCUCACAGACCUCUCUCUUCUUUUUAUCCCUCUCUCUCUUACUGCCUCAUCCUGGCUCUCUGUCUCUUUGGGAUGAACUGCAAACCAGGAUCUCACUCAACAUCAAGGGUAUGUCCUUGGGUAAGAAACAAGCAAUGUGAGGCAUUUAAAACAGGGUGCCUAUGGACAGCCUUUCUUAAGAAAUACACUGUACAGUAGAAUUCUGUCAAAAUUACGUCACAUCUAAUAAAGGCUUACUAUGUCUGUGA